AUGGCGCCUCGUAAAGGUGAAAAAGCGGUAACAACCCUCAAAAACUGCACCGUAGCCAUCGCCGGCCACCUUGGCGAUGAGUGGAGCUCCGAGAGUGUCGAGCGUUGGUGCUCAUACAACGGCGCCACCUAUUCCAACAUCGUGGAUGCCGAUGUGACGCAUCUCCUCGCCACCCCUAAGCAAUUCAAGGAUAGGGUUUCUGCUGUUAAGGCAGCACUGCAGUACAAGAAGACGCACAUUGUUACUAAGGACUGGUUCGAGGACUGCCUUACCAAGAAGCGACACCUGAAGGAGACACCGUACUCGCUCAAGGAAGACGAGAAGAAGGCAAACGCUAAGAAGCGACGCGAAGAGAAGGCACAGAAGGCCAUGGAAAAGGCAGUGGAUUUCGUCAAUACUACUACCAACCAUAUCUAUCGAGACUCGACUUACUUCUCUUACGAAGUCCUCUUGACCCGCCAGGGUGAGGAACAUGUCGAGAGAUAUGUGCUUUAUCUUUUCGAAUCCAACGCGAAACCGCACCUCUAUCACUUCGCGGCCAAAUUCUACAAGAAGCCGCGCGACAGCCACCCAGGCAUUUAUCGCCCUAGUCAGACUGCGAAGCGCUUCUCGCGCGAGUUCGCCGAGUUCAAGGAAUUCUUCCGCCAGAAGACUGGUUUGCACUGGGAUGAUCGUAUUGCUAAAGCGGGUACUGUGCUUGAGGGAAAGUUCCAAUACCAACCUCCCACCGGUGGAAAGCCGGUAGGCAUCAUCGCCAACCCAUCGCCUCAAGACAAGACCAUCCCCACUCUUGAUACUAGCACAGGUCCGGACCUUCCCGCGGAGCCUCAAUCAAACAAGAAGCCACAGGUCCAACCCACCGAGGUAAUCGACCUAACUGCAAGUCCUAAGCGUAAGCUUCUCAUCGAAGACAUCAUCCAACAAACUGGAAAGGAGAAGCGACAGCGUCUAGACAAUGGAGAUGCCUCUUCCCUAACCCGUGACCACAAGCGCCUGAAGAACACGGUUACCAAGGACACUCCCCUCAAUGGUCCCGGAGCAGCCCGUAAUAUCCCGAUAGUCAUAGAAGACGACCACGAACGGAAGCCGAAGACUAAGGGAGAGCUUAAGAAAGAGGAGGCCGACAAUCUCGAGAAGCUCGUUAGUGCCGAGCUAGAACUCCGCCAGAAAGAGAUCCGCCCAUUCGUAGACGCUAUCUUCAACCCAGAGAAGGACGAGGGAGGAAUUCAAGGAGUAAUUCUGGAUUAG